AAAACAAUGUCUCUACUCAAAACCAACAUUUUAUUUCUCUUAGCAAUUGCUCUUUUCUAUGGCUCUUUAGCCGAAGAUUUGCAACAACAAUUCUUAGAGGCCCACAACGAAGCCCGAAACGAGGUUGGGCUCGACCCAUUGGUUUGGGACGAUGAGGUCGCUGCAUAUGCGGCAAGCUAUGCAAACCAGAGGAUCAAUGAUUGUGCAUUAGUCCAUUCGAAUGGACCAUUUGGAGAGAACAUAGCGAUGAGUAGUGGAGAAAUGUCGGCUGAAGAUGCUGCGGAAAUGUGGAUCAACGAGAAACAGUACUACGAUUACGAUAGUAACACGUGUAAUGAUCCAAACGGUGGCACCUGUCUACAUUACACGCAAGUUGUUUGGAAAAACACAGUUCGUUUGGGAUGUGCUAAAGUUGUGUGUAACAGUGGUGGUACUUUUAUUACAUGCAACUAUGAUCCUCCUGGUAAUUACAUUGGUGAAAAACCAUUCUAAAAAUAAUUUCAUGUCUAAUGUCUUGUUAAUGAGGCAAAUUAAAAGAGAUAAUGAGUUGUUUGUUAGUUGUUACUGUCAUUUCUUAGCUGUACUGAGAAAGAUAUUAACAAUUUUUAAUAAUGAUGACAUCCACCUCUCAAAAAAA